UGGAUUUAUGUCUGCAAUAGCAGCAAGAAACAACCCCUUCCCCAUCUGACGAAUGUGCCCACGCGCGCCAAUGGCGUACAAUGAUGGCUACCCCUUUUGUUCGUUUGAGUUCCUGAAUUAUUCCUAUCACAAUGAAAAUGCUGGGAUAUUGUGUUAUUUUUAAAACUAUUUCACACUAGCCGCGAUUUUUGUGGUCACAUUUAGUUUCCAAACAUUUACUAAAUUGAUCUAUAGCCGCCCCUUUUACCGCUCUGGUGUGAGAGCUUUUGCAGCACGCAACGUUGAGGAGCCUUGAGUAAUGUAAGCUUGAAUAUCUGCUGUCCCAGCAGUGGCCGGUGGCACAAUGGGGCUGGACUUUGACGUGAAGACUUUCUGUCACAAUCUGCGAGCCACCAAACCCCCUUAUGAGUGCCCAGUGGAAACAUGCCGGAAGGUGUACAAGAGUUACAGUGGUAUUGAGUACCACCUGUACCACUAUGACCAUGACAAUCCCACUCCUGCACAGGGCAUGCCCCAGAAGAGGAGGAAGGGCCGGCCCCCUCGUGUGUCGCUGAUUGGGUCAGGAGAUGGGGAGGGUGGAGUGGGGAAGGGAUGUGGCUCAGGGAUGGGUGGUCAUGGAGGGAUCACCCCUGGUAGUCCGAACAGGUCAGAGCGGUCUCACUCCCCAGGCAGGGAGACCAUGACCUACGCCCAGGCCCAGCGCAUGGUGGAGCUGGAGAUCCAUGGACGCAUCCACCGCAUCAGCAUAUUUGAGAACAUUGAUGUGGUGUCGGAGGAUGACAGUGGAACGGAGGACCCUCCAUCCUCUGGUGGGGGUGGGGGAGGGGCGUGUAAUGGGGGAGACAGUGGGGCAGGAGGGAGCGAGACUGGGGGGAACGGAAAGGACAGACCAGACACCCCUGCUGCUAAUGGAGGCAAGGGAGCCACUCCUAAGUCUGGUAAGCACAAGAGUAAAGAGAAGAAGAAAGAGUCCCACCAUCACAGCGCUUCUUCUGGGCCAGCAGUCAAGCUACCUGAGGUGGUGUUCAGAGAGCUGGACCAGGACAGACCCGACGCCCCCCCACGGCCCUCCUCAUACUACAGAUACAUAGAUAAGUCAGUGGAGGAGCUGGAUGAAGAGGUGGAGUAUGACAUAGAUGAGGAGGACUACAUCUGGCUGGACAUCAUGAACGACAAGCGUCGCAGUGACGGUGUGACCCCCAUCCCUCAGGAGGUCUUUGAGUACCUCAUGGACCGGCUCGAGAAGGAGUCCUAUUUCGAGAGUCAUAACAAGGCCGACCCCAGCGCUUUGAUAGACGAGGAUGCCGUCUGCUGCAUCUGCAACGACGGAGAGUGCCAGAACAGCAACGUGAUCCUCUUCUGUGACAUGUGUAACCUGGCCGUGCACCAGGAGUGCUAUGGCGUGCCCUACAUCCCAGAGGGCCAGUGGCUGUGCCGGCGUUGCCUCCAGUCACCCAGCCGGGCAGUGGACUGCGCCCUCUGCCCCAACAAAGGAGGGGCCUUCAAACAGACGGACGACGCCCGCUGGGCACAUGUGGUGUGUGCCCUCUGGAUCCCAGAGGUGUGCUUCGCCAACACGGUCUUCCUGGAGCCCAUCGACAGCAUCGAGCACAUCCCCGCCGCCCGAUGGAAGCUCACCUGUUACAUCUGCAAGCAGAGGGGCUCCGGCGCCUGCAUCCAGUGUCACAAGGCCAACUGCUACACCGCCUUCCACGUCACCUGCGCCCAGCAAGCCGGCCUGUACAUGAAGAUGGAGCCGGUCAGAGAGACCGGGGCCAACGGGACCUCCUUCAGCGUCCGCAAGACGGCCUACUGCGACAUCCACACCCCUCCGGGCUCGGCUCGCCCCCUUGGGGGGGUGGGAGGGGCCAGCAUGGGCUCCUCCCACAGCGAGGGGGAGCUGGACGAUGAUGAUGAACCCAGCAUCGGCCAUGACGAUGACUCCAAGGGCUGGAGCUCUGAGCGGGCCAAGAGGGCCAAGGCCAAGUCAAGGCUAAAGAUGAAGAGAGCUAGAAAGAUCCUGGCUGAGAAGAGGAAUGCUGCGCCUGUCGUGUCUGUGCCCUGUAUCCCCCCCCACAGGCUCAGUAAGAUCACCAAUAACCUGACGGUCCCCAGGAAGAGCCAGUUCAUGCAGCGCCUGCACAGCUACUGGACCCUGAAGAGGCAGAGCCGAAAUGGCGUGCCCCUGCUGCGCCGGCUCCAGACCCACCUGCAGUCGCAGCGCAACGCCGACCAGCUCCAGCCCCAGCCGCCGCAGUCCCAGCUGCCCAUGGUAACCUGUGUGUGGGAGCUUCAGCCGGACAGUGAGGAGAAGCAGUCGGCCUUGAAGGAGCAGCUGAAGGCGUGGCAGAGGCUGAGACAUGACCUGGAGAGAGCCAGACUGCUGGUGGAGCUCAUUCGCAAGAGGGAGAAGCUGAAGAGGGAGACGAUCAAGGUGCAGCAGAUGGCGCUAGAGAUGCAGCUGACUCCCUUCCUGGUACUGCUCAGGAGCACUCUGGAGCAGCUGCAGGAGAGAGACACCAGCAACUUCUUCACUGAGCCUGUGCCCCUGGCUGAGGUUCCUGACUACCUGGACCAUAUCGAGAGGCCAAUGGACUUCCAGACCAUGUGGAACUGCCUUGAGGAACACCGCUACCUCACCUUUGAGGCCUUCGAGGCAGACUUUGGCCUCAUAGUCAACAACUGCCUCAAGUACAAUGCUAAGGACACUGUAUUCUAUCGUGCCGCGCUGCGCCUGAGGGAGAUGGGCGGAGCCGUGAUUCGGACUGCCCGCCGUCAGGCAGAGCGAAUAGGGAUUGAAUAUGAGUCAGGCAUGCACCUCCCCCGAGAGCCCAGCCCGGACAGUCAGCAUGAACGAGAACGGGAGCGAGAGAGGGAGCGAGACAGAGAGAGGGAACAGGAAAGAGAAAGGGAGCGGGAGCGAGACAGGCCGCUCUCCUCUAAUGAGGAAGACCUGCUCCUGCCUGAGAACCGCCGCCGGCUGCCGCUGGAGGAGCAGCUGCAUUACCUGCAGGCGAGCUUUGAUGAGGUCAGCUCGGGAAAGCACAGCAUCGGCCGGUCUCGAAGGGCCAAAGCCCUAAGGAAGGAGAUGACCGUCAUCAAGAGGAAACUGGCCCACCAGCGUGAGGGAGGAGUUGGCCCGGGGGGGCGGAGCUCUGGGGGUGGCGGGGACCGCGGUCCAUCCCUCUCCCACCACCCCUCCUCCACGGGUCACCAUGACGAGGGGGGCGAGAGCAGCAGCCAGGAGAUCAGUAGCAAAGACCUGAGUGUGUCCUCCUCUGCCCUGGCCUCGGAGGUGGGCCGCCGCACCUCUGUCCUCUUCUCCAAGAAGAACCCCAAAACUGCCGGACCCCCCAAGAGGCCGGGCCGCCCCCCUAAGAACCGGGACGCAAGCCACGGUGGGACGGGGGUGAGCCCCAGCCCCGUGGGCCCUCCUCAGCUGCCUCUGCUGUCCCCCCCCAGGCAGAGGAAGAGGCCCCGCAGCCCCCACAGCAGCUCCAGCUCUGAGAGCGACAGUGAGAACGACGACACCAUUCUGGGCCUGCCAAGGAACGGUUUCGAUGGAGGGAACCAGCCGGUGACGGAGAGUUUCCGUGUGUACAGAAACGAGAGGAGUCUGCCUCGCUCCAGCUCUGACUCAGAGUCUACCACCAGCAGCAGCAGCAGCGCAGCCUCUGACAGGACCAGUACCACUCCAUCCAAACAAGGCAGAGGAAAGCCUUCGUUCUCGCGCUCGGCCUUCCAGGAGGACAGUAGUGAGGAGACGUCAGGCACGGAGAAUGACUCUUACUCUGUUGGAGGAUCACGGAGUGUCUCACACUUAGUGCGUGGCCGGGCCAGGUCAGGCUGCUGGAUGACCUCAGAUGACUACUCCACCCUGGACGCUCUGGACCUGGUGUGGGCCAAGUGCAGAGGCUACCCCUCCUACCCAGCUCUGAUCAUCGAUCCAAAGAUGCCCCGGGAGGGGGUGUUCCACCGGGGAGUCCCCAUCCCUGUGCCCCCCCUUGACGUAUUAAAGUUGGGGGAGCAGAUGACCCAGGAGGCCAGGGAACACCUCUUUCUCGUGCUUUUCUUCGACAACAAGAGGACCUGGCAGUGGCUGCCCCGCUCCAAGCUGGUUCCUCUGGGGGUGGACCAGGAACUGGACAAGGAGAAGAUGCUGGAGGGAAGAAAGUCCAACAUUCGCAAGUCUGUGCAGGUGGCCUACCACCGCGCGAUGCAGCACCGCAACAAGGUGCAAGGAGAUCCCAGCAGCGACACCAGUGACAGCGACUGAACACACAAACACACACAUACACACACUGGAUUGGAAGCGUAGAUGGAAACAAAUACUAGAAUAAUUCACCAAACAGACAUGACAUGCAUCCACCCCCCAGUACACACACAGCCACAUACCAGCACCUGCCACUGCCAGGUGCUGGUAGUGGCAGGAUGUGGUGUCUGGGGCUCAAGGUCGAUCCUCUGCCCUGUGGUCUCAACACUCAGGGAACGAUGCCAGUAGCACCGGAAAGUGCAUAUGCCCCUCGACACACUUACACACCUUAGCACAAACAGUGGUAUUUAAUCUGAGAUGUAAAAUAUGUAUUUAAGAGAAUGGGAAAAGGGUGUUAAGGUCAUGUGAAAGCGAUAGUGUGCCCAGAAUCAUGAGUAUUCCUUGUCUGUGGUUGAUACGAGUG